AUGGCCAGGGUCCUGCUGCUGUCCGCGCUGCUGGUGUCUCUGAGCUACUCCAAGGGGGCUGUUAUCACGGGGGCAUGUGAGAGGGACUUGCAGUGCGGCCUGGGGACCUGCUGCGCAGUCAGUCUCUGGCUGCGGGGGCUGCGCAUGUGCACGCCGCGGGGGGGCGAGGGGGAGGAGUGCCAUCCCUUCAGCCACAAGGUGCCCUUCUUUGGAAAACGGCAGCAUCACACAUGCCCCUGUCUUCCCCACCUGGCGUGCACCAGGUACGCAGGCAGCAAAUACCGGUGUACCAGUGACUUCAAAAACAUAGACUUUUGA